ACCUGCUCCGAUUCUGACCGUCUUGUUCCCUCAGAGGAGAUCUUCCACUCCCACGUGGCUCACUGGUGGUCUCCGGACGGCGCCAGGCUGGCGUACGCCACCAUCAACGACACUCUGGUGCCAAAGAUGGAGCUGCCGAUGUUCACAGGAGCGCCGUACCCCACGGGGAAGGAGUACCACUACCCCAAGGCCGGAGAGGAAAACCCGCUGAUCAGUCUGCAUGUGGUCAACCUGAACGGCCCGCUGCACACCAUCGAGAUGAGGAGGCCAGACGACCCCAGGAUCGGAGAGUUCUACGUGACCAUGGUGAAGUGGGCCACCACCACCAAACUGGCCAUCAGCUGGCUGAACAGAGCGCAGAACAUCUCCAUCCUCACGCUGUGUGAAGCCACCACAGGAGUCUGCACAAAGAAACACGAGGAUGAAAGCGAAGGCUGGCUUCACAGGCAGGUGAGAGCACGAACGGACCAGCGUCUGAGUGACUGUCGCCAUGGCAACCAUGCAGCUCAUUAA